GUGGUGAAGGAGCAGAGAAACUUCCAUCCAAGUAUUGGGAUCUUAGUGACCAUUUCCUCGUGUUUUUCCUACUUCUUUGCCGCCAUGGGCAACAUACAAGCAGCUUCCCUUCACCUCCUUUGAAAGCUGACUCUUCGUGCAUUCAGAUGCCGCCUCUAUGAAUAUGUUGAGCCUAUAUAAUUAGCAUCCCUCCUCUCCAUUCCUUAAAGCACAUCAUUCAUAAUUUAUUUUUCCGUGGAAGAGAAUUAGCCUUUGAGUUUCCUCUCUUGCAGCAAUAUAUUACUCAGUCAAUGGAGGCUUGCCAUUUAGCCAGCUUAAUCACAGUGCAAAAGGCAUCAUCAAACGCCAACCAAUCCUUUUCUCUAUUGUUUAAAAUGGUUCAUUUAUUCUUAUGUAAAUUGAUAUUUAGUAGGUUCAAUAAUUUUCAGAAGUUGUUUUCAAGAUUUCGGUUCUUCAUCCAAUCCCAACUAAGCCUUGGCAACUCAGAGCUUUGGGAAGAUGAUGAUGGAAAUCAGGAUUCUGAGACAUCAAUGAAAUCCCAGGAGUCUUGCUUUGACAACAAGAGAGACGAAAGGAAUAUCUGCAGAGAAGAUGUGGAGAUGGUGAUGGAAAACUUUGGACUUUUUUGCAGCAGAGAAAGUGAGGAUCUUAAGGAGUGGAUGGAUUCUGAUGAACUUUCACAGCUGUUUGAUGAGAAGGAGCCGAGCUUGGAGGAAAUUAAGGAAACUUUCAAUGUUUUUGACCACAACAGUGAUGGUUUUAUUGAAGCAAGUGAGUUGCAGAGAGUUUUCUACAUAUUGGGAUUGAAGGAGGAACUUGAGCUAGAGAAGUGCAGAAAGAUUAUCAGAAUCUUUGAUGAAAAUGGAGACGGAAGAUUAGAUUUUAAUGAAUUUGUAAAGUUCAUGGAGAACAGUUUUUGUUGAAUACAAAUCUGAGAAUUAUCAAUAA